UUCAAAAAUAUUAGAUUUGCAAUGUUUGACAAAUGGUAAUUGUAACUAAUGGGAAAUAAUUGAACCUAUGGGAAAAAUUCAAAAAUUUGUAUUCUAACCUCAAUUUAACUGUUUAUGUUUUAUAUUAUGAAACGAAUUACCCGAAAUUCGACAAAAGAAAAUCCAGGAAGGGCUACAACUAGCUCUGAGGCUGUAGAAACCGGUACAAAACCCAACUUGUCUCAAUUUAAGUUGGAACCAAAACGAAAUCUGCACUCAAAACGUACUCAUGUCCCAGUCGAAUAUGAGGAACCGACAAACCCCAAGAAGCCUUCCAAACUCAUCGAAAAGACCUUCGCGUCAUCUGCCCCGAAAGAUUGGGAGAAAGCUUUCAGAAACCUUAGGGAAAUGCGUAAAGAUUAUGAUGCGCCUGUCGAUACAAUGGGAUGUGACCGCUGUGCGGAGGAUGGCGCCCCACCUGAGGAUCAGCGACUUCAAUCUCUUAUAUCGCUAAUGUUGAGCAGCCAGACGAAGGAUCAAAUAAAUCAUGCGACCAUGUUAAAGCUACGAGAAUACGGUUGUAAUUUAACUGGAAUGUUGGAAAUCUCAGAGGAAAAGUUGGGCGAAAUAAUUCGUCCUGUCAACUUCUGGAAGACUAAAACGAAAAAUAUUAAGCGGGCAGUGGAAAUGAUUAGAGAUGAGUUUAACAGUGACAUUCCCAAGACGGUGGAGGGUUUAUGCAGAUUGCCCGGAGUCGGUCCAAAAAUGGCACACUUGUGCAUGAAGACCGCAUGGGGGGAAAUCAGCGGCAUUGGGGUAGAUACUCACGUUCAUCGUAUUACUAAUCGUUUAGGAUGGGUGAAAACAAAAACACCUGAGGAUACACGAAAAGCUUUAGAGGCGUGGUUGCCUCGUGAGCUGUGGAACGACAUAAAUCUCCUAAUGGUCGGAUUUGGCCAACAGCUUUGCCAGCCUGUCAAGCCUCAAUGCCAUAAUUGUCUAAAUAGCGAUUUGUGUCCCACUGGAAUGAAAGAGUUGAAGUCUCAAAAAGGGAAGGGAAAAUAGUUUUUGUAUGCACAAAUAAAGUUACUUUUCUAUAGCUAUUUCUUUGCUUUUCCUAUGCUGAAAAUUAUUUCUGUAUCUUUUAUCUUGGAAAAUUCCAUCCACUGUGCAGGGAAAUUACUAAGACAAGUGAACAUC